ACAACGAGAUCAAAACAUCAGAGCUUGCAAGAGCUAAAAACUUCAGUCCAGCUAUCUAACAAGAGUCUACACAUAAAACAUCAGCACUAGUUCUGUUUCUGAGAAAGACAAUCCAAACCAAAGAUGUCUGGGUCCAGGAACUCUUCCCGCAACGUUAACAUUGAUUCCAACUGGAGCAAAAAGGAGAACAAGCUGUUCGAGGAGGCCCUAGCCUGCUAUGGUGAGGGCACACCUGACCGCUGGCACAAGGUGGCCCGUGCCAUGGGUGGCAUCAAGACAGCCGAUGAAGUUCGCCGCCAUUAUGAGAUCCUUAAUGAUGAUGUCACGCUCAUUGAAUCCGGCGGAGUUCCAUUCCCCAACUACAACACACAGGGAGCUUGGAACUAAGGAGUCAAGGAUGCAUGUGAAGAACCACCAGACAGGAACUACUGCUACAUGAACUAGAUAUCUUAGGUAUUGAAGGAAAUGUCCUGAUAUGAUGUUGUAUUAAGAAGUUAUUAUGAUUGCUCGGGUAAGAAAUAAAAGGAGCUACAGAAUAUAGAUAAGUGUUUUAUGUGUAAAUAACUAUAGGUUGUGAGAAAAUCAUCAGUUAUGCUAUAGAAACCAGGGAACCCUAUCUGCCCAUAGUGUGUAGUGUGUACUGUGAAGUUAUAGUCCCCUAUGAAUGAAUACUUGUACAGUAAAGACUAAAGAGUGAUGUAAAACUCUUGUACCAGUUUGCUGAUUAUAAAGUUGUGCUUGGUGAAAACUUGAAAGUAAUCAUGCUCCUCUUGUGAGGCAUAAGAUGCCAACAUUUUGAAAUUUAAAAGCAUUCAUUCUUCCUUCCUACAGAAAAUGAAUGCAACACAGGUGUCUAACUUAAGCAGGUUAGUGGUAUUGAUAAAUUCCAAUUUUCAACCUAUUCUUAAUAGUAUUAUAGUACACUAGUGCAAUUUAUAACAAAGCCUGAAUCGUAUACAUCUCACCCCCAUUAACCUAUUGAAGUUUGAAGUCGAACCACGAUCACAGCACCCUGAAUGAAUUCAGAUAGAAGAAUCUAGGAACUGGUUCGACGAGUACACCAGCAGGCAGCAGCCACACAGAAAUUAGUCCAAUGCCUUAUCCCACUACGUAUCCAUAUGCACAGCCCCAACAAAACUAACAACACUGAGAACAUGUAUGAUAUACGACAGUGAGAUUCGAAUCUACAAAUAGGCAAAA